UCGCCAUUACCGACCCCUCAAUCCCUUCAAAUCCCCACUCUCCUCUCCCUAACACCAAACCUUUGAAGCCUCUCUCUCUCUCUAAAAACUCAAUAAUUCUCUGUGAUUUUUCAUUUCUCUCUCUCUCUCUGAUUCACAACAUGGCUCAGAAGACAGAAAAGGAAGAGACAGAUUUCAAGGUCCCUGAAACUUUGACCCUUUGUAUCAACAAUUGUGGUUUCACAGGCAAUCCAGCCACCAACAACAUGUGCCAGAAAUGUUUCAACGCCACCACGGCCUCCACAAAAUCAACCGCCACCACGGCUACCGCAUCAAACGCCACAUCUACAACCUCCACAACAACAGCAGCAACCACCACGGCUUCUAGCACGAGCGCAGGUGGCGCUAUCUUAAAGUUUGCCAGCGAUAAAACUUUCAGAUCUCGGUUGAUCGACCGGUCCUCAGAUGCUUCAGGCACAACAAGCCAAAAUCCAGAGUCAGAUCGGCAAAAAGGCGAUGUUGUUGAGAAAAGAGUGGUGAACCGGUGCUCCGGCUGUAGACGGAAGGUCGGUUUGACCGGAUUUAGAUGUCGAUGUGGAGAAUUGUUCUGUGGAGAACAUCGAUAUUCGGAUCGUCAUGAUUGCAGUUACGAUUAUAAAUCAGCAGGUCGUGACGCGAUCGCGAGAGAAAAUCCCGUCGUAAAAGCUGCCAAGAUUGUUAGAGUUUGAGUUUCAAAAACAAACAAGAAAUUAUCCACAUCAAAAACCCGAGACAGACUCGAUCUCGCCGGAUCUCUUUCUCAGAUAUAUGGUGAUCGGAAAAGAGUUAUAGAGAGAGAGAAAGAACAAAUUCUUGAAAAGA